AGUUCCCGUGGUCAGCGCCUGACCCGCCUGGCCCUCUCCUUUCAGCAGUCCAAGGGAAGAGGGCAUCUUGUACAAGGCACCCCAUGACAGGCCACAUGGAUCCCCUGCAGCUGAUCCUCCUGCUCGCUGCCACAGGCUUGUCGGCACCCGUCAAUGUCACUGUGGUCCAGGGCGUGGCGGGCUGGCCCCUGAAGGUCUUCUGCCCCUACGACGCCUCGAAGUACUGGGCGAAGCGCAAGGCGUGGUGCCGCCAGCUGGGCGAGGAGGGCCCUUGCCAGCGGGUGGUCAGCACCCACCGCUCCUGGCUGCUGUCCUUCCUGAAGCGGCGCAACGGGAGCACGGUCAUUACGGAUGACACCCUGGGAGGCACACUCACCAUCACCCUGCGGAACCUACAAGCCCAGGACGCUGGCCUCUACCAGUGCCAGAGCCUCCAAGGGAGCAAGGCUGACGUCCUCAGCCAGGUCCUGGUAGAGGUGCUCGCUGACCCCCUCGACCACCAGGAUUCUGGGGAUUUCUGGGUCCCCGAGGAACCUGAGCGCUUUGAGGAGGCCCAAGUGGAACACAGCAUCUCCAGGUACGGUGACAGGUCUUCCUGA